AUGUCGACGAGACAAACGACUCUGGCUUCUGCAGUCUUUGGAUUGCUCGUCUUUUAUCCGAUUCUCGUCUUCGCGCAGGCCGUUCCACCGCCAGGACCUACCCAACCGGGUACGGCGCCAAACUGCAACAAAUGGCACAUCAUAGUCUCUGGCGACAACUGCGAUAAUGUGUCGGCAAAGUACAAGAUCACCCUGGAGCAGUUCCUCAAAUGGAACCCGGCAGUCUCGAGCGACUGCCUGCAGUUCUUCUGGCCCGACUAUGCCUACUGCGUGUCGGUCGACGCCAGCAUCACUGUCGUCCCGACCACUUCGACGUCCAUCCGUACCACCUUUGCCACGCGGACAACCUCUGCUGUCUCGACUUCUGUGCAGACGCCCAUCUCGACCCCCUCCUACACCUUCAACCACCCCGUCACGGACCUCAACAUCACAACGCCCACGAUCCCGACCGAGGAAUGGCCACCCAAAAACACGCAGGCAGGGCAGCCCUCCUACUGCAACGACUGGCACCUCGUGAUGCCGGGCGAAUCGUGCCGGGCCAUCGUCCUGCAGCACGGCAGCUGGAUGGGCGUCGAGGACUUCUUCCUCUGGAACCCAGCCGUCGGGUCCGACUGCAUGGGCCUCAGCCUGUACAAGUACGUCUGCGUCGGGAUCCAGCCCCAGACGCAAAUCUCCAUCGACUUCCCCACCUUCACCAACAACGCCACCGUCCCACCCAUGGUGAUCCCGACGGCCGUGGAGCUGCCGCCCGUCGACAACAACUUUGCGCCCACGCCGGCCCAGGGACCCCUCCCCACCGACUGCGUAGAGUACUACCAGACCCAGCCGGACGAGACGUGCCGCGACGUGGUGGCCAAGCACGACAGCAUCACGCAGGCGCAGUUCCUGGCGUGGCAUCCUUUCCUGAAUGGCAACUGCGACGGGCUGUGGCUCGGCUACUACUACUGCAUCCUGGUGGAAAACUUCAUCCCCGAGCCGCCCAUCGAGACGAUCGCGCCGACUCCCGUAGAACCCGGAAUCGUGUCCGACUGCCGGGCCUGGUUCCAAGCCACCGGCCCGAACUGGACCUGCGAUCAGUUUGUUUUGAUCUUUGGCCGCUUCUCGCUAUCCGACUUUAUCAAGUGGAACCCCGCUGUUGGGUCGUCGUGUGAAAACAGCAUCAAAGAAGAGUAUUGGUACUGCGUCGCCGUCCCCGGCACACCUACGACGCGGACUGCGACGCUGCCUGGAGUCACGGGUACGGCCACUGUUGUGCCACCGACUUCCACUGUUGCUGUGCCGCCCACUUCCACCGUUGCUACUCCUCCAGUGGCGACGCCUACGCCCACCCAGUCAGGCAUGAUAUCCGGCUGCCGCAAGUUCUACUUUGUCGUCUCCGGCGAUGGGUGUUGGGCCAUUGCCAACUCGGCGGGCAUCUCGUUGGAUGACUUUUACAAAUGGAACCCUGGAAUCGAGGAGUGCGGCAAGCUGUGGCCAGACUACUAUGUCUGUGUUGGUGUAUAG